AACUUAAAAAGAAUUCUGUAUUCAAUUUUCAAGUUUUUUUUGAUCUAACGAAAUUUUUUUUAUCAACAUUCAAGGAAAAAAGCGGAUAAGUUGAUGUCGCUCUACCGUACAGUAGGUUCAAUAAGUGGGUCACUGUAAUGAAUGGUGUUAAAUUUGAAUUCAAUGAUAAAAAAACAUUGUCUACGAAAUACGAUUAUAAGUGAAGACGGUCAGCAUGCAAUAUUACUUAGGAAAUUUGAUGAUAUUAUUUUGAUUAAAGUAAUUUAUUUGAAAAAAAAACAUCAACAUUUGAACUUUAAAUGCUUAUACAACAAAAUCAUGCAUGUGUACUUUUUAACAUGUUUCAACUGCCAUUGUGACAGUAUUACAGGAUCCUUAUAUUAAACGUUCACGUUCGUUGACAAAACAGAUAAAAUUGGAUUGACAUUCAUAGGAAAAAAAAACUAAAAAAAUUAAAAAUUAAAAAUGUCUGUGAACAUCUCAAAACAUAGAUAUAUUAAAAUACCGAUAAAAGAUUUAAUAUUUUGAAAAUUCUAUUAAGUAUAGGGAUUGAUGAAAAAACACAUGGUGAUCGGGAGCAGCUAGAGGGGAAGACAAGUCUACAAAUUGGCGUUUGCCGAAGGACUACAAUCACGGAAAUGCUGCCUGCAUCCUUGAAACCGGCCAGUAUAGUGUUCGUUCUGUGAAUAUAAGUGGUUCAAAACAGAAAAAUUGGCUGCAGAUCGAGGUGUGCCGAGCGCGUCGGACCCGAAGAUGGUGACCGGAGGAACUUUUGAAAGUGAUGGUGAAACUGAUCGAAGGGCAGGAAGCGUGACGGUGGCUGUUCAAAAAGGCGUGACCCGGCUUCAAGAACUUCGGCGAUCAUGUUAUUAUAGGUAGAGUCACUGUUCACGUAAUAUAUAAUAUUCGACAUCUUGAAGAACAAUAAUAUAGCUAAUUUUAUCAGAAAAACAUGAUACCGGUAAUAAAAUGGAUGGUUGUACUUGUUUUGAUAGUCGUCACAGUGACAACAGUCACACCAAUUAUGAUUAAUCAUACAACAGACUUGGAAAGUAUUCCAGAAGACGAAAAGCUCACAGAAAUAACAUCAGAAAAACCUUUAAUAUCUCUUAACGAUUCGAGUAUAAUGGCCGCUAAACCGUGGGAAUUCACACAUCGUUUAUCCCCAUACAUUCAUCCGCAGCAGUACUUCAUUAAUCUAUAUCCACAUAUUAAACAAGGUUCAUUUGUUGGAUCUGUUAAUAUAACAAUACUAUUGGACACUGCUCAAAGUUACAUUAAGCUACAUUCAAAAGGAUUGAAUAUCACAGAAACUAAACUCAAUUCUAGUUCUAUAACAGCGUUUUUAUAUCCAGAACAUGACUUUUUGGUUGUGGUACCUAAUAAAGAACUAAGUGCUGGGGAAUACAAUUUACAAGUAUCAUUUGAAGGUAUUUUAUACGACCGAUUGGUUGGUUUUUAUGGACGUGGUUAUACAGAUUCAAAGAGCCAUGAACAACAUUAUAUGGCUACUUCAAAGUUUGAACCGACUUACGCUCGGUUAGCGUUUCCAUGUUUUGAUGAGCCUCAAAUGAAAUCAAAAUUUAAAAUUAGUUUAACUCGACCAUCUGGUAAUAACUACAUAGCAUUAUCAAAUAUGAACCAAGAGUCUGAAGAGAUCAAUGUCCCUGCGAAUGGAUUAACUACAGUCCAUUUUGCUAACACUGUCCCAAUGUCUACAUAUCUGGCUUGUUUCAUUGUAUGCGAUUUUCAAUCACUUGAACCUGUUAUAACAAAUCAAGGGUUUCCGUUAACGGUUUAUGCCAAGAGUGGUGAAACCGAAAAUAUGAAAUAUGCUCAACAUGUAGGCGUGAAGGCAAUGAAUUAUUUCGUCGAUUAUUUUGGCAUUCAAUACCCAUUACCGAAAUUAGAUCUGAUACCUAUCCCAGAUUUUAUUUCUGGAGCAAUGGAAAAUUGGGGUCUCGUGACAUUUCGUGAAGAGAGAGUUUUGUUUAAUGAAAGUGUUAAUUCUAUUAAUGACCAAGAAGUAACCGCUUUUGUUGUAUCUCAUGAAUUGGCUCAUAUGUGGUUUGGAAAUCUUGUUACUAUGAAAUGGUGGAACGACUUAUGGCUAAACGAAGGGUUUGCGACUUACAUGAAAUAUAAAGCUUCGCAAGUUGUCCACCCCGAUUGGGAUAUUGACACAAUAUCUCUAAUUGAUUGUCUUCAAUUGUCGCAAUAUUAUGAUAGUAAUCAAAAUAGCUCUCAUGCUAUAGUGCAAGAUGUUUCUCAUCCAGAUCAAAUACCUGAAAUGUUUGAUGUUAUAUCAUAUCGUAAAGGUUCUUCUGUAUUACGAAUGUUAGAAGGAGUAUUGGGUGAAGAAGUAUUCAGAAUUGGUGUGAGCGCAUAUUUAAAACGUUUUGCAUUUAAAAAUGCUGAAACUGAUGAUUUAUGGACAGAAUUACAAACAGCGAAUCAAAAUACAGUAGACGUUAAAAAGCUUAUGGAUACAUGGAUACGUCAAGCAGGGUUCCCAGUAGUAUCCGCUAUACGAAAUGGAACAAAACUUACUUUAAAGCAGCAAAGAUUUUUUUCCAGCUCAAAUAAUAACUCUACAGUUGUUUCAUCUCCAUAUAAUUACAAAUGGGAAAUACCAAUCACUUAUACCACUUCAAACAAUAAUACUGUGCAUAAGUUUUGGUUAACCAAAGACGAGGAUUCAAUUACAAUUGACAUACCCGAUGCUGAAUGGAUAAAACUAAAUCAUAGACAAAUUGGAUAUUACAUCAUAAACUAUUCAGAAAGUGAUUGGGGUUUACUUGGUAAUUUAUUAGAAAAAAAUGUUGAUGCAUUAAGUGCUGCUGACCGUUCAAAUCUCAUUUAUGAUGCUUUUAGUUUGGCAAAAGCUAAUCAGUUAUCAUUUGGCAUUGCGUUAAACAUGACAAAAUAUUUAUCUUUGGAACAUCAUUUUGUUCCUUGGAAAGUGGCUGCUGCUAACUUAAAUAUAUUAAACGAACAUUUAUACCAACGCCCAGCACAAAAAAACCUUGAAAAAUAUGUACAACAUUUAUUGGGGAAUAUAAAAGAAGAUUUUUGGAAUGAUUCAAAUGAUAGAAGCUUCUUACAACGUAAGCUUCGAGCAACUAUUUUUCAAUUAGGAUGUUUAUAUGGUUUACCAAGCAUUCAAACAAAAGCAUAUGAAUUAUUCAAACAAUUUUUGGAUGAAAAGGUCCAACUACAUCCAGAUAUUAGGUACACAGUUUAUACCUAUGGAAUGUCGCGUAGCAAUGAGAGUGACUGGAAUAGAUUGUGGGACUUAUUUAUAAAUGAACAAGAUCCUCAGAAAAAAGAAAUACUUAAGGGUGCAUUGACAUCGUCAAAAGAAACAUCAUUAUUAACUAGAUUAUUGCAAUAUGCAAAAAACGAGAGCCAUGUUAAUUCCCAAGAUUAUUUAGAAAUCAUAUUACAGAUAAACCAUAAUCCUAUUGGAAAUCAAUUAGCAUGGGACUUUUUGAGGAAUAAUUGGGAGUACUUGAUUGAUCGUUUCCCUCCAAAUGGUUGGCAACUUAGAAGUCUCACUUCUUCAGUUUAUUCUCGUUUCAAUACACAUGAACGUAUUGCAGAAAUGAACAUAUUUUUUGAUAGAUAUCCAAAAGCUGUCCCUGCAAAUGAGAGCAAAAAUUCUAUUCUAGAAGUUGUAUUUGAAAACAUUAAAUGGUUAGAAAAUUACGAACCUGUUAUUAGUAAUUGGUUGAGAAAUUCCAUCUAAUAUUCUAAUAAAACUUGUUCGAGUAAAUUGUCAACAUUUGAAAUAUUCUUAGUUUCAUCUUUCAAAUAUUUAAUAUUAAUAAUAAUGUUAAUCUUUAUCUUGUUACUAUUUGUUUAUUCAAUGUAGUUAUUAAUAUUGCGUGUUCUAAAAUAAAAAUUGUAAUAUAUUAAAAUACAGUAAAAUACAGUGAAAUUUCGGUAUUAUAAAGAGUCAACAUGGUAAACAAUUUUUAACUCAAAAAAAUUUGCAAAUUUUGCAAAUUUUUAUUUAUUUUGUCAACAUUUGAAAUUCAG